AUGGACAAUCAUGUAGCCGAGAUGAACAUGGCGGCGGACCUGGCCCGGCUGUGGGAGAAGUCGAAAGCGGCGGGCAUCGCGACAUGGUCGCGGACCACGCGCCGCAUGAGGGUCGCCGGCUCCUUCGUCCUGCUAUCACUCAUAAUCAUCUACCUCUCCCUCCCCAGCAUCCGCACCGUCGACGCCCCGCGGCUACACCUCGAGUACACAGCACCGCCCCUCUCGCCUUACAACGCAACCAAAGUAGCCCUCCUAAUCGAGAACCGCGCCGUGGCCUCCCUCGCGCCGCUCAUGCUGCACUUCAUGGCCGUGAUCCCGCCAGACUGGCGGUUCCGGUUCAUGGGCAGCACCGAAUCCGUCGCCUUCCUAAACCAAUCCGUCGCGAUCCGCGAGCAGGUCAGCGCCGGAAAGCUAGAUCUAACAUACAUCCCAUCCAACAUGAGCACGGCCGGCCAGGAGAUGAUCUCGCGGUUCCUGACCAACCUGUGGCUUUACGAGACGGUGCUGCAACCCGCCGAGUGGCUGCUCGUAUUCCAGACUGAUAGUAUUCUGUGCGCCAACUCCCGCCAGAAUCUUAAUGAUUAUUUGGACUAUGACUGGGUGGGCGCGCCGUGGAACCCGCAGGGCCGUUUUGGUGGGAAUGGCGGCUUGAGUUUGAGGAAGGUCAGCGCUAUUGUUGAGAUUUUGAGGGAUCAGGUUCGCGUCGAUGGCUCGGAGCCUGAGGACGUGUGGCUGACGGAGCGGCUGGGACACCGGCCCCAUGCUAAGAUGGCUAAUGGGUCGUUGUCGCUGACGUUUAGUGGCGAGAUGUACCAGGGCGAACAGGAAGCCGUGAAGCACGCCGACGGCGCGGAUGGCGGGGGCGAGGCCGGCGGCGGGGGGCUUGGAAAGGUAGUUCUGCGCCCCGGGCUGUAUAAUAGCAGCGAUCUGGAGGCCGCCGCGCAGCCGGGUCAGUAUGUUAAGGGCAUCGACGACUGGCGCGACGGCUUCUACGAGCCCAUGGGAUACCACACGGGCGGAAGCGGCACCAUGCUCCACGGCGGCAUCUGGGGCCGCCCGGAACUGCGCAAGCACAUCUGGGACUACUGCCCCGAGGUUAAGAUGACGCUCAACAUGGACGCCGCCGCGUACGUGCCGGGGGAGUGCAACUUCGCCUGGAAGCGAGGGGAGCCGGAUGGUGGUGGUGGUGGUGGUGGUGCUGUUGAGGACCUGGGCUACGGGACCGAGGUCAUCGACGGGGUGGCGUAUCCGGCGCUGCCGCCGAAUCUGGUGCCGUGGUGA